AUGUUCAAGAUCAUUUUUCUCGCUUCUAUCUUUUUUACAACUGUUUUCGGAGGAUGCCCUAGUAUCUCAACUAUUUAUCUACCACGUAGGGUCAAUUGCCCACUCUGUGAUUUCGUUUCAUCUACUCAAGCUGUCUCUGGUUCAGGAAAUCAAUAUUCUAUCAAGUGCCCACCGAAGUCUGAUGUCUGGUAUUACAACGAACAGGGAAAUGAAUUUGUGACCCCAAUGAGUAAAGUUGGAACAAAAGGAACAAUCAAGUGUGAAGGAUCUAAAUGGAGGAUCAGUGUUCCGGGUCAGAGUCAAACUCUUUCUGCAUUUGCUUGUGGAUCUUCAUAA